AUGAUAACGUUCAACGAAUUCCGAGCAUCGUCUCAAAUCAUUUUCGGCAUCAUCGCGAUCGUCACCAACAUCUACCUAUUGCUUCUGAUCCAUUUCCGAUCGCCAAAGCAGCUAGGGCUCUAUAAGUACAUGAUGCUCUGCAUAGCCUACUUUGAAAUUGUCUAUUCCGUUGUGGAUCUCAUCGCCGAGCCGUUCAUCCACUCCUAUAAAUCAACGUUCGCCGUCCUCAUCACCACCAAGCAUUCCUAUUUCGGCGAUGCUGGCAACAUCGCAUUAUUGAUCGCCUAUUGCGCUCUUUAUGGCUUCUCGAUGGCGAUAUUCGCUGUUCAUUUCACGUUCCGCUAUUUCGCCACACAAUCGUCGACAAAAAAGAAGUAUUGUCAAGGAAGCUUCGCGAUUGUCUGGUUCGCUCUUCCCGUCAUCUACAGCCUCGUCUGGGCCGCCGAUUGUGCCCUCUUCUUAAAAAGAGAAGACAUGUCAAAUUUCAUUAGGCAAAUGAUUGCAUCACCAUCUUCCGAAUCAGCUUCUCACAUUUUCAGACAGACAAUUCUCGACACCUAUGACUUAAUGAUUGAUGAUGUUAUAUAUAUGGGACCCUAUUAUUAUCCAAUAGACGCGAAUGGAACUCAAUAUAUUAGUUAUAAAUCGUUUGUCGGAAUGGGCGAGCUCUUAGUGCAGAUUAUGAUCUCAAUAUUCUGUGUGUUCUACUUCGGCAUCCGCUGCUAUUUCAAGAUCUCCAAUGAGAUGUCAGAUAUCGCGGAGAUGUCAAAAAAGACGAGAAAGCUUCAGAAGCAACUCUUCAACUCCCUGGUUCUUCAGGCAUUGAUUCCGGUUGUUCUUAUGUACAUCCCAGUGUCUGCUGUACUCACAUUCCCCGCCCUCAAUCUCAACUUCUCAUUGGGUGUUCAAUCAUGCGCCAUCACCAUCGCUGUCUAUCCGGCCAUCGAUCCGCUACCAACAAUAUUUAUUGUGGAUGCCUAUCGCAGGGCCACGUUUGAGCUCGUCAUGGAGCUACCGAGCGAGAUGCUAUCUGAGAACAUCUCGAAGGAGACCGCCAAGAUCGUGGUGUUAUCGAAAAAGAUGAGCAAGCUUCAGAAGAAAUUGUUCUACGCUCUGGUUGUUCAGGAAACUCCUGAUGAGAGCUUCUGGGAUUCCGCUAUCGGAAAUCCACCAUAG